AUGUCAGGCAUGCUCAAGCCGCCCCCCAUGAUACGAACGCCAUCUGGCGAGUACCAUGAGACGUACAAUGACAAGUAUGUUGUCAAAUACAAUUUCAGCGAGAUCGACCAGGAAACGGCCUCCAGGGAGCUGACUGAGCUUCUCGCUGAUCUUGAAGAGACUGGCCUGCAGACAGAAGUGCGAGCGGGCUACGAUCAGACCCUCUUGGUGUUUGUCAAGGCGCCUCGCGAGCUCCUUGGAAACACCGUCUAUAAGUCGAGAUGUUCUCUCCAUGUAUCACCUUGUCAAUUGGAGCAAGGACCUCGGCGGCCCCGGCAUCACCCCGGUCUGGGCAAAUGGGAGAACGUCGAGGCCGUCUUCCCGCUGCACAAUGAAAAGAUCAACCAGUCAUUGCUGAAGCACCUGAGCAAGCGCAUUUUCCUGACCCACGACGAUCUCGACAUGGUGCGAGACCUUUGGGGAUCCAAGGUGGCCUUUUACUUUGCCUUCAUCCAGACGUACCUCGUCUUUCUCAGCUUCCCCGCCAUCACCGGCGUCUUUGCCUGGCGCUUCCUGUCCAACUACUCACUUUUUUACGCCAUCAUGACUUGUGUUUGGUGUACUGUAUUUCUCGAAUACUGGAAAAUUCAGGAGGCUGACCUGGGCAUCCGGUGGAACGUCAAAGGCAUUGGCCACGUCAAGGUCAAUCGCCCACAGUUCAAAUACGACAAGAUCAUCACAGAUGAAGGGGGACGAACGCGGCAUUACUUCCCCAAGAGGAAGCAGGUCAUGCGACAGUUGCUUCAGAUCCCCUUUGUUGCGCUCGCCACGCUGGCCCUGGGGUUUAUCAUCGUGUGUGUCUUCGCUAUUGAGGUUCUCAUCUCCGAGACGUACGAAGGCCCUUACAAGUACUACCUCGAGUACUUCCCCACCGUCCUGCUGGCAGUGGCACUUCCCUACAUCACGUCUUCCCUCGAGGACAUGGCAAAUACGCUCACCGAGUUCGAGAACCACCGGACGGCUGAUCAUCACGAGAUGUCCCUGACACAAAAGAUCUUUGUCCUGAAUAUUGUCACCAAUUACCUUCCCAUUCUCCUGACGGCAUUCGUCUAUGUGCCCUUCGGAGACGAUGUGAUUCCAUACCUCGAGACGGCUACGACAAAGCUGUUAGGAAGCGUCGGCCAGCGUUUCCACAACACAACCUUCCACGCUGAUUCUGAUCGCCUACGAAAUGAGGUCAUUGCUCUCGUUGUCACCGGACAGAUAUCCGGUUUCUUCGAAGAGAAUGUCUUACCCCUCGUCAAGCACAGAUUCGGCGGCUGGUGGCGCGAGAUCCGACGUCUGCGAUCCAAGGACUCGAUGCUCAUGUCCGUCGUUCGCGAUGACCCUGAGGAGGCUGAGUUCCUCAAGCGUGCCCGCAACCAAUCGACACUUCCGAAAUACGACGUGCAGGAAGACAUUGCCGAGAUCGUCCUGCAGUUUGGCUACCUCACCCUCUUCUCGCCCGUCUGGCCUCUCAUCCCAAUGGGCUUCCUCGUCAACAACUGGAUCGAGCUACGCUCCGACUUUCUCAAGAUCUGCAUCGAGCACCAGCGUCCUCACCCCAUCAGAACGGACGGCAUUGGGCCAUGGAUUUAUUCCCUCGACCUUCUCACCUGGCUCGGCAGCAUUUCGACCGCUGCCAUUGUCCACCUCUUUGGCUCAAGCCACCUCGGAAGCGGUGGCUGGUGUGUUUUGCCCGUCACUAUUUUUAUCAGUGAACACAUCUUCCUCGUGUUCCGCUCGCUCGUGUGCUUCGUUCUGCAGCGCCUUGGCUCGAAACAGAUCCGCAAGGAGCGCAACGAGAGGUACGCCACGCGACUGAAGCGCCUCGAGGAGCUCGAGGCCAACAAGCGGAACGGUCUGGGGCUGAGCGUCGCGGAGAGGGAGCGCCGAAAGUCGGUUCGUGCUACGGGCAGCGACACGCUGUUCACGAAGCAGGUGGAGGAGGGGCUCAGUGCCGUAGUCGGUACCGGACUGAUCAAAAGAGUCAAGCAGCAGGAUGUCGACGCGGGAACAGAGCCCAAGCUCGAUUAG